CAGGUAUUGUGAGUCUGCGACAAUGUCAUGUCUGUAACAAUAUCCGUCACUCAACCCAGCCAGACUCCCAAUCACCGAUUUCUUUUCUUUUUCACAUUACCUUACACAUUUCAACAUUAAUCUAUUGCAGCGAUCCCUUUGAGAUCACCCACACAUGACCUCGAUCUCGCUCCCACUUUCACCCACCAACACUUGACAUUCACUCGCUUUCUUUGACUCGAGAACCCUCCAGCUUGAUACAACCCGCGAGAUCGAUCACGCUCGUUUGAUCGACUUGUGAUCCGGAGUGAUCACCCCUCCAACCCCCUCUACCUCACCGAUCUCUUCUCCCUCGUCUCCUCUCAGAUCAUGUCUGCCCCAACCGGCGGCUCGCUAGCCGAUCGCGUCUCAAAACCCAACCCAAGUGCAGAGCCCUUCCAACCAAAAUCAGGCACAUCUUGGGCCGAUGAGGUUGCUUCGCCGGCGGACGAAGAGCCUCCGUCCAUAGACAGCCUCAAAAUUGGUCAAGACACAGAUUCUCCCGCCAUUCCUCAAACUGAUGGAGCUGCUGGGGAAAAUGGAGGUUCAAGUCUACACGAGCCUGAUUAUCAGGUCGAAAUCAAACUGGCCGACAUGCAAGCGGACCCAAAUAACCCCCUUUAUUCAGCCAAGUCAUUUGAAGAACUAGGACUCCACGAAAACAUUCUCAAAGGUGUUAUGAGCAUGAACUUUCGAAACCCUUCCAAGGUGCAAGAAAAGACACUACCUUUGCUACUCAUGAACCCGCCUUCAAACCUGAUCGGUCAAUCUCAGUCUGGCACUGGAAAGACUGCCGCAUUUGUUCUCAACAUCCUCGCUCGCCUUGACCUUUCCACCGAACAAUUGCAAAAAACCCCACAAGCCUUGGUUCUCGCUCCCAGCAGAGAGUUGGCUCGACAAAUUGUUGACGUGGUCCAAGUCAUGGGGAAGUUUGUUCCAGGACUUGUCGUGGAAGCGGGUGUUCCUCAAGAUGCUGCCCAACGAACGAGGAAAAUUGAGGCUUCGGUGGUUGUUGGAACGCCAGGCACGGUCAUGGAUUUGAUCCGCAAACGCAACAUGGAUGCACGAGGCAUGAAGAUCCUUGUUCUUGACGAGGCCGAUAACAUGUUGGAUCAGCAAGGUUUGGGCGACCAAUGCAUCCGCGUCAAGGGCAUGCUCCCCAAAAACAUUCAAAUCGUCCUUUUUUCAGCGACAUUCCCAGACCAGGUUGUAAAAUACGCCACGGCCUUUGCUCCUAAUGCCAAUCAAAUGACACUUCGACAUGAAGACUUGACGGUUGAAGGUAUCAAACAGAUUUAUCUCGAUUGCGCCAACGAUCAAGCCAAAUAUGAUGCACUUGUCAGAUUCUACGGUCUAUUGACCAUUGGCUCCUCGAUUAUCUUUGUCAAGACUCGAGAAACAGCACAAAAUAUCGAACGACGGAUGACGGCCGAAGGACACAAAGUGGCCUCACUCACGGGCGGUUAUGAAGGUACCCAGCGAGAUGCCAUUAUCGAUUCCUUUCGAACUGGCAAUGCCAAAGUCCUCAUCACUACCAAUGUCCUCGCUCGUGGCAUUGAUGUCCAGUCGGUGUCGAUGGUGGUCAACUACGAUGUACCCGACAAAUUCCUAGGUCGUGGACAAUAUGUGGCAGAUCCUCAAACCUAUCUGCAUCGUAUCGGACGGACUGGUCGAUUUGGCCGAGUCGGCGUCGCCGUCACUUUUAUCAGCACAAGGGAAGACUGGGAAAAGUUGAUGGAAAUCCAAAAAUACUUUGGCACAGAGAUGACCCAAGUCGCUACUGACGAUUGGGAUGUCCUCGAGGAGACAGUGACAAAGAUUAUCAAGAGUUCAAGAGCAGGAACAAACUUUAAGGGAGCUAAUAUGUCUCGAGCAUCUUAGUACGAUCGAUCGGGUGGAAGAGGAGCUGUUAUUGAUCAACGAGCUAUUCACGCAGUAGCAGAAGGGUCUAUCAGCUUCACCGACCUCGGAUCGUUCUGGUGAUCAAGCCAGCAAGAGCAAGGAUGUCAGAUUAUUCUCAAGGUCUGAAGCUACAGAGCUGUAUCAGAUGAGAAUUGUGAGAGUGUAUGACAAGCUUGAUACCCACAAAGACGAAUACGUUAGCGAUGGAUGGAAGCACCAGAAGAGAAGCAAGUCAUGCCAGAAAAUGGGAUGAUGGCCAUUAAAUCACUGAUCAAGGCUGAGAUCACCAAUCACUAGAUUUACCCAAUAAAUCCGCUAUGGCUUCCAACCCU